AGAAAAAUGUUCUCUUCUCUUUUCUCUUUCUUUUCUAUGUUGCUAUGGAUUCAGCUGAUUAUUUGUCUUCUCUUUUUCCAUCAAUUGUUUCUCGCAAUUCAUUUGAGGCGUUUUAUUAAUUGUUCUCGGUUAUUGUUUGUUAUUAAUUCUUUUAGAAUUAGUUAAUUAACAUCUCCAACAAGUGAAUUUAUCGUAAUUGGCCUGACAAUUAACUCGCAUUUGUUUGGAAAUGUUUGGAGACGAUUCUGAAGUAUUAAAUCAUAUUGAAUUGGUUAAUGGUUUGGAUGGGUCGAGAUUUAAGCCUUUGAUGACUCGUAUAUUUGAAAGGUUAACUGUUGAUGAAGAUGUGAAAAUAUUCAAUUCAGAGGAAGAGGAGAAAUUAAUUAAAUUGUUUGAUAUUGCAAGUUCAGAUGAUUUAGAUAAUUUAAUUGAUUGUUUGACUACAUUGGCACGAAAAGUGAUCUACCUUCAAGUCUAUUAGAGGAUGUUAAUUGGAAGAUUAAAGUUCAAUGUAAUCAAAAUAAUGCCGCUAAUCUGGAGAAGGUUGAAACUCAAUUAGAUUUAAUUCUUAAUCUAAUUCUUAAUUUCAAAUGAAGAUACUAAGUGAAUCAGUUGUGAUCAAUAAGAAGUACUAAUCAUUAAGAGGAUAUUUUUGGUGGACGUGUAACAAUUAGAUUGAUCAAGAAUUGAUGAGUGUUUUGUGAUUGAAAUGAUCAUUAAAGUAAAAAGAAUCUGAAUUACAUGUAACCUUAGCAUUGGUAUUAAGUGGUAAUUGUUUUGGUAAAUUUGGACAUUAUGGAUUCGGUGAUUAUUAGUAGAGUUUUGUCCUCUCGGCCGAUGUCUUCGGCGAGGCCACUUAGUACUGCUCGACCGAUCACAUCAACUGGUUUGAUGGCACCGAAAACUGGACGAGGUCGAUCAGCGGCUGCUAUUCGGCGGAUGGUUCAAGAUAAAACUUACUGGUUGGGUGUUUUAAGAGCUAAAAUGAACGAGUUAACCAUGGAAAUCGCUGUUCUGUCCAAGGAAUGUGACCUGAUGUCAGCUGAAGAGGCUCGACUGAACAUGUGGCAGCGAAAAGCUGAAACAUUAGCUCGAGAAUUGAAAUUAGCGACUCUUGAGUUAUCUGUUUAUAACGAUUAUUGGGAUCGACUGCGAAUCGGUGAAAACUCAGCGGACAUUUUGGAAGAUAUUAACGCGAUCAAAAAUGAGAACUCUGAACUAUCCGAAUUAUUGGAGGCCAAAUACAAGGAAAAAAAGGCUAAAGAAGAUGAAAUAUAUUCUGGUGAAAGAGAAAUUCAGAAAAUCGAAGCUGAAUGGAAUUCAUUGAAAAGGCAAUUCGCCAGCGAACAACGAGAAAGAUUCGAAGAGCUUGAAAGUCUUAAUCGUUCACUGACCAUGGAAUCAGAUCGAUUGGAAAAUAAGAUAAUGAAAUUGGCCGAAAAGAAAAGAACACUAGAAGAAUCGAAUAGUAAUGAGAACUCAUCACUCCGAAAAGAAGUUCUAAAUGGACUUAAUAGAUUAAGAGAAUUGGAGAGACAGAAAAACGAUCUAACCAGUGAUCAGAAUACUGACGGUGAAAGAAGUCGAUUAUUGGCUCAAGUUCGAAGAGAUAACAAAGAGAUCAGCGAUCUCGAGAAUCGUCUUGAAGAGAUUCGUCGUUCGAUAGAAGAGCAAAAAUCGUCGCUAAUCGCAUACGAAGACGGAGAAACUGCGGAAAAAUUUCGUGACCUGAAGAAAAAAGAAUCAACAAUCGACAGUUUUCUGACUGAUUUCUCGGCCAAUCUAAAUAAUGAGAUGGAAAAAAUGACCUCACUUGGAGAAUCGAUCGCUGACCUAGUAGACAAAUCGAGUCGAUAUAUAAGAUUUAUUGAGACAUUGAAAGGUAACGACGGAACUUCGGGCAGAAGCGGAGGAGGAGACACAGAAAUGACCUUAAUUGACGAAAGGCGAAAGUUACAAUUAGAUUUAAAUAAAAUUGAUCAACUAGAAUCAAAGAUAAACUCGGAAUUGGAAUCACUUCGAACCAAAAUUGAUUCUUUAAUAAAGGACAUCGACAUUUACGGUAAUCUGGAUGGUCUUCGAGAUGAAAUCGACAAGAAGGAAAGUUCACUUAUCGUGGACAAAAAAUCUCUCGAAGAAAAUAUUCGACAAUUAAAAAGUGACAAAAUAGAUUUAGAAAAAUUAGUCGAAAAUGUCAAGAUCAAUCUCGAAGAAAACGAAGUGUACAAAAAGAUCAAAGAUUGCGAACGAAAAUUGUCCGAUCUGGUGGCCGUUAACGAAGAGUAUCACGAUAAAUUGCGAGCGAAUGAUAAUAGUCGAUUAAUGAAACAAGUAUUCGAGAUAACUAAUCGUUACAAUCAAUAUUUACUUGGAUUCUAAUUUGAAUCAAAGUGAAAAAAUCAACUAACCAACAGGUUGAUUGUGGUUAAAAACUUCAAUUUUAAUUAUAGACUGAUACAGAUCAGUUUUGGACACAUUGUGUUACAAAUACAAAAGUUAAUUGUGAUUGGAUUGAUUGGAUUAAAAUCAAAUAUUGAAAUAAAAACUGUAAAAUGUAAAAGUAAUGUUUGUAAAAUUACUAUCAACAAUCAAGCUUUUUUACACCAUUGAACAUCCAUAGGCCGAAGCUUCCUGAACUAAUCUUUCACUGGUAACAUAAUUUUCAUCUUUAUUUGAUUUACAAUUAAGUUGACAAACAGCAAUUAGUUUCUUAGUUGAUAAAUUGGAAGACAUUCUAAUUAAUUUAGGUGAAAAUAAGGGAACACAAUUAGACUGAAUU